AUGAGCCAGCUCCUCACGGCGCGACAGGCGGAGGAGCUGCACAAGGCAAUGAUUGCCUAUCUGAGCGCCGCGAACCUGCCGCAGACGUGCGCCGCCCUACGAGAGGAACUUGGCGAUUCGGUCUCCGUGGAAGAUGCUACAUUGAAAAAAUAUGAGGGUCUGCUGGAAAAGAAAUGGACCAGCGUCGUGAGGCUACAGAAAAAGAUUAUGGACCUUGAGACGCGAAUUGCCAGCCUGCAGACUGAAUUGGACACCGCCACACCUACAUCUCUCUCUCGAAGAAACCAAGAUCCGGCAUCGUGGUUACCUCGAGCUCCGGCGCGCCACAACCUCGAGUCGCAUCGGUCGGGUGUGAACUGCGUGGCGUUCCACCCUAUUUUCUCCUCACUCGCAUCGGGUUCCGAAGACAGUACGAUCAAGAUUUGGGACUGGGAGCUGGGUGAAUUGGAGCGGACAAUCAAGGGUCACACGAGAGCGGUGCUCGAUGUAGACUAUGGCGGGCCUCGCGGGGGAACCCUUCUGGCCUCAUGCUCAUCUGACUUGACGAUCAAGUUGUUUGAUCCAGCGGAUGAAUACAAGAACAUUCGCACUCUGCCUGGUCAUGACCAUAGUGUCUCGGCAGUGCGAUUCAUUCCAUCCGGAGCCGCAGGGUCUCCCAUGUCGGGCAACUUGUUGGUUUCUGCGUCCCGUGAUAUGACACUACGCAUAUGGGACGUGACCACUGGGUACUGUGUGAAGACUUUACAGGGCCACUCCGCAUGGGUACGAGAUGUAGCGCCCUCGCCAGACGGGCGCUUCUUGUUCUCUGCCGGAGAGGACCAGGUUCCUCGACUAUGGGAUAUAUCGUCUGGGGAAUCCAAGGCCACGUUCCUGGGCCACGAACAUGUGAUUGAAUGUGUUGCCUUUGCUCCUACGACGAGCUAUCCAUAUCUUGCACCUUUGGCGGGACUCAAGAAACCGCCUCCAUCUUCAUCAUCUGCGGAAUUUGUGGCGACUGGCUCUCGAGACAAGACCAUUCGAUUGUGGGAUGCACGGGGAAAUUUGAUCAAAACAUUGGUGGGCCAUGAUAACUGGGUGCGAGCAUUGGUCUUCCAUCCUGGAGGCAAGUAUCUCCUCUCGGUAGCAGACGACAAGACUCUUCGGUGCUGGGAUCUCACUCAGGAGUGCAAAUGUAUUCGCACGAUCAUGGCCCAUGAUCACUUUGUGAGCUCGAUUCGAUGGGCACCACCGUUGAUCAAAGAGACCAACACCAACGGCGCCACCGGGGCGAAUGGGGACCCUACGUCCAGUACGGCCAAGGACGAUCCCAAUGCGGCCAGCAAGAUGUCCAUUCGAUGUGUUCUUGCUACGGGGAGCGUUGACAUGAAAGUGCGGGUCUUCGCCUUAUGA